AUGCAAGGGGAAGCACAUUAUAAUUUAGCAAUGGAAAAUGGGGAAAUAAAUAAUUUUGACGACGAAAGAGAGUUUUUUAGAAAAGAAUUUAACUCCUCUCGAAAUAAGAUAAAAGAAGAAAUAGAAAAAAGUAGAGAAACAAAAAAGAAAACUAUUUCUCAAGGAUACGAAGAUUCUUUUAAAAUUAUUGCCUCUACAAUUUCUACUGCGGAAAUACUAAGUGAAUUAGAGAAAAAAGGCUAUCUAAUCGGAAAGAUUGAAUGGAGUGGUGAAAUUCACGCUCCUAGUUUAGACGGAGGAUUUUCGGUCAAUUUUAAGUUAAUUAUAAUAGUUGACUAG